AUCUGACAGCUGCACGCGCGCGGGCGUCGCCUAGCAACCACUGUCAUCAGCAGACGGACCGCAGACGCCAUGGAUCAGCAGCCGGACCCCGGAGCUCUGAGCCCCGAACAGCAGGAGAAACUGCGCCAGUUUAAGAUCAAGACAAGAAUAGCGAACGAAAUGUAUCUAAGAGCUCAUCCAGAGGUGGACGUGCUGCUGAGCGAUUUUCUAAGGGACGUGUUUCUCAAAAGACCAGCAGAUAUCCGUAAAUUCGCUGCAGAUUACUUCAUUGACCCCAACCUGCCGGAGAAAAUCAGGGUGCAGAUGGAAGAUAAAGCUGCAGUGAAGAUCUAAAAAAAAAAUGUUUUAACACAUAUUUACAUUUUAUAAAGAUUAAAUGUGUUUUAUAAAAUAAAUGACAAACACAAUAA